AUGUAUGAUCGUGGGAAUGAGAAAGUUUACAGUAGUAUUCCAUUUAUCAAUAAAAUGAUAACAUUUAGUGAAGCAAACAUUAUUCGUAGACCUGCCAUGACCAUAAUUAUUAAAUUAUCUAUAGCAGAUAAUUCUAUACUAAAGUCAGGAAAAACUGUCAUGUUAUUAAUGAAUGUCAUAUAUGGAAAAGCAAUUGCUAGAAUUUCAAUCCCUCUUCUAAUAUUGGAAGAAUUAUGGACAAAAGCAAAUCUGCAUGAAGAAGGUGGUAAAUGGCGAAAAAUUGGAUUCGCAACUGAAGCACAAAAUGGGAAAUUCAUCAAGGUCGAAUAUUUAGAACUUGAAAAUAUGCACAAAUUUAUGAAAAAGAUGUUGAUGAUUAUCGAAAGACAAAGAUGUCCAUUUGCAACAACGUCCAUUGAAGCUACAGAACUAUUAUGUGAUUAUUGUGAAUGUAAGUACAACAACAUCACCAUCAUUUCAAAUCAUCUUUCAGACUAUGGAAUGAAAUGGAAGCGGAAUUUACGUAGUAGAUUCAGUUAUGUACAGAAUCGUACAUUUUGUAAAGGUUCAAAAUAUUAA